CUUGCCUCACAUUGUUUAACGUUGAUUUCUCCCGUUCACGACAGCAUUUUUUUUUGGUCUUUCGCGAGACAAAACCGGGGUCACGGGCGCCCACGAAAACGCAUGAAAUCUCGGAUACGUUUUGGCAGCGAGGACGCACACCGGUACAAAAAAUCUCUGACCAUGAGGAGGCUCGUUUGGCUGUAAGCCUGCCCAGACCUGGAGCUCUGCUGGUGGGCAUGCUGCCGCUGUGAAGAAGAAGAAGCCCGGUGGUGGUGGUGCCGUUUUUUCGGAGGAAUAUGCCUGCGGUCGGGGGCAAAGGGAGGAAGUGCCUGGACAACAACAUGACUGUUUUCAACCAAGAAAAUGUUGAGGAAUUUUACGCAUUUGGCGACGAGCUGGGGAGCGGCCAGUUUGCUGUGGUCCGGAGAUGUCGGCACAGGAACACGGGUGUGGAGUUCGCCGCCAAAUCCAUCAAGAAGCGCCGCAGCAAGUCGAGUCGACGAGGGGUGACGAGGGACGACAUCGAGCGAGAGGUGAACAUCCUGAAGGAGAUCCAGCACCCCAACAUCAUCACGCUCCACGAGGUCUUUGAAAACAAGGCAGAGGUCAUCCUGAUCCUGGAGCUCGUGGCCGGCGGCGAGCUCUUCGACUUCCUGGCAGAGAAGGAGUCGCUGAGCGAGGAGGAAGCCACUCAGUUCCUCAAGCAGAUCCUGGACGGAGUCUUCUACCUGCACGCAAAACAAAUCGCCCACUUUGACCUUAAGCCGGAGAACAUCAUGCUGCUGAACCGCUCGGUGCCUCACCCGCGCAUCAAGCUCAUUGACUUCGGCCUGGCCCACAAGAUAGACUUUGGCAACGACUUUAAAAACAUUUUUGGAACUCCAGAAUUUGUAGCUCCAGAAGUAGUCAACUAUGAACCUCUGGGCCUGGAGGCAGACAUGUGGAGCGUCGGCGUGAUAACCUACAUCCUUCUGAGUGGUGCGUCUCCCUUCCUGGGCGACAACAAGCAGGAGACUCUGGCCAACGUGUCGGCCGUGGACUACACGUUCGACGAGGAGUUCUUCAGCAGCACCAGCGUUUUGGCCAAAGACUUCAUAGCGAGGCUCCUUGUCAAAGACCCCAAAAAGAGAAUGACGAUUCAGGACAGCCUCCUGCACCCCUGGAUCAAGCCAAAAGACACUCAACAAGCACUGAGCAGAAAGGAGUCUGCCGUCAACAUGGAGAAGUUCAAGAAGUUUGCGGCUCGAAGAAAAUGGAAACAAUCCGUCCGACUAAUCUCCCUAUGCAACCGCCUGUCCCGCUCCUUCCUGUCCAGAAGCAACAUAAGUGUGGCACGCAGUGACGACACGUUGGAUGAGGAAGACUCCUUUGUGAUGAAGGCCAUCAUCCACGCCAUCAACGACGACAACGUGCCCGGUCUGCAGCAUCUGCUCGGCUCCUUGAACAGUUACGACAUCAACCAGCCCAACAAGCAUGGGACUCCUCCCCUGCUGAUUGCAGGCGGCUGUGGCAACAUCCAGAUCAUCGAGGUGCUGAUGAGGAAAGGUGCCGAGAUCCAGGCCCACGACAAGAGUGGAGCUAACGCUAUCUACUACGCAGCGAGACACGGCCACGUCCAGACCCUGAAAUUCCUCCAUGAAAAGAAAUGCCCUCUGGAUGUCCAAGAUAAGUCUGGGGAGACUGCUCUUCACGUGGCGGCCCGCUACGGCAACGUGGAUGUGGUGAGCUACCUGUGCAGCAUCCGAGCCAACCCAGACCUGUCUGACAGGGAGCAGGAGACCCCGCUGCACUGCGCUGCGUGGCACGGCUACUCGCCGGUGGCCCGAGCGCUCUGCCAGGCGGGCUGCCACGUGGACGCAAAGAACCGCGAGGGGGAGAGCCCGCUGCUGACCUCGUCCGCUCGGGGCUUUGUGGACAUCGUGGAGUGCCUGGUGGAGCACGGGGCCGACGUGGAGGCGACUGACAAGGAUGGCCACACGGCGCUGCACCUGGCCGUGCGGAGGUGUCAGGUCGAUGUGGUCCGCUGUCUCCUCAGGCACCGCUGCCACAUGGACCAGCAGGAUCGCCAUGGCAACACGCCGCUGCACAUCGCCUGCAAGGACGGAAACCUCCCCGUCGUCACGGCGAUCUGCAGCGCCAAGGCCGGCCUCGACGUCCCAAACAAGCACGGCAGGACUCCCCUCCACCUGGCUGCCAACAACGGGAGCCUCGAGGUGGUCCGCCACCUCUGCCUGGCCGGAGCCAACAUCGACGCCGUCACCAACGAUGGAAAGACAGUGGAGGAUUUGGCCCACACUGAUCAAGAUGAACUCAUCGUUUCUUUGUUGGGAAAGCUUAAAAAGGACAACCACAAACUGAGCUACAUCCAGCAGCUGCGGCCCACUCAGACCGUCCAGCCCCGGAUCAAGCUGAAGCUGUUCGGACACUCCGGAGCCGGGAAGAGCUCCCUGCUGGAGUCUCUGAAAUGUGGCAUCCUGCGCAGCCUCUUCAGGAGGAAGAGGACACGCAUGUCCAGCGCGAGCCGCCACCCAAACUCCCCCGUCAACUCCAAACCCGCCGUGUCGGUGAGCAUUUCCAACCUGUACCCCGGCUGUGAGAAUGUGAGCGUGCGGAGUCGCAGCAUGAUGUUUGAGCCCAGUCUGACCAAAGGAGUCCUGGAGGUCUUCUCCCCCGUCCACAACGCUCUGUCCACGGCCGACGACCAGGCCACCAAGGCCAUCGACAUCCAGCACGGAAACAUCCACGGUGUGGGCGAGUUCAGCGUGUGGGAGUUUUCGGGGAACCCGGUCUACUACUGCUCCUACGACUACUUUGCAGCCAACGACGCCACAGCGAUCCACCUGGUCCUGUUCAGCCUGGAGGAGCCGUACGAGACCCAGCUGGGCCACAUCACCUACUGGCUGAACCUGCUGAAGGCCCUCAACCUGCCUCAGGACAACAUCGCCUUCGGAGGUCGGAUCCAGCAGCCCCUCGAGGUCGUCCUGGUGGCGACGCACGCCGACCUCGCCGACGUCCCCAGAGCUUUCUCUGGAGAGUUCACCUACGACAAGGAGAAAGCGCUGCUCAAGGAAGUCAGGAACAGGUUUGGGGUCGACCUGCAGAUCAGUGACAAAUUGUUUGUGACGGAUGCCGGAGCCUCGAACUCCAGAGACAUGAAGCUGCUGAGGAGUCACCUGCAGGAGCUUCGAGCCGACAUCAUCUCUAGGUGUAGUCCCAUGACGCUGCUGUCGGAGCGUUUGCUGGCGACGCUGCCGACCUGGAGGAAGCUGAGCGGACCCAACCAGCUGACGUCGUGGCAGCAGUUUGUGAGCGACGUCCAGGAGCAGAUCAACCCUCUGGUCAGCCAGGACCACCUGCGCACUCUGGCCCUGCAGCUGCACAGCAUGGGGGAGAUCAACAUCAUGCAGAGUGAGACGGUGCAGGACGUUGUCCUGCUGGAGCCUCGCUGGCUUUGCACCAACGUCCUCGGCAAGCUGCUCUCUGUGGAGACGCCCAAGGCCAUCCACCACUACAGGGGGCGCUACAGGCUGGAGGAGGUGCAGGCUCUGGCUCCCGAGAGCGACGUGGAAGAGUUGCUGCAGAUCCUGGACGCCAUGGACAUCUGCGCCCGCGACGCCACCAACCCCUCCAUGGUGGACAUCCCCGCCCUCAUCAAGACCAACGGCCUCAACCGCUCCUGGACUGAGGAGGAGGAGGAGGACUCGCUGCUCUAUGGCGGCGUGCGCCUCGUCCCCGCGGAGCACCUGACCCCCUUCCCCUGUGGCCUGUUUCACAAACUGCAGGUGAACCUGUGUCGCUGGAGCCACCAGCAGAAGCCUGAGGAGGAGGGCGGGGAGGAUUUCGAUGGAGACAUCCACCUGUGGAGCAACGGAGCCAAGGUGAGCCAGGGAGGAGCGGAGGCCAUGAUCCUGCUGGUCAACCACGGCCAGGGGGUGGAGAUCCGGGUCCGCGGGCACGACUCUGAGCGGGCCAAGUGCUACACCCUGUUGGACACCGCCUGUAGCAUCACGGAGAACCUGCUGGCCUCCACGCUGCCCGGACUGCUCACAGCCAAAUACUACCUGAGUCCUCAGCAGCUGCGGGAGCACCACACCCCCAUCAUGGUCUACCAACCCAAAGAUUUCUUCCGCGCGCAGGUCCAGCGGGAGUCUUCGCUCACUAACACCAUGGGCGGCUACCGAGAGAGCUUCAGCAGCAUUCUGUCCUUCGGCUGCGCUGAAGUUUACCAGCAGGGGACUCUGGGAACGGACAUCCACAUAUCGGACGUCCCGCUGUUGGCUCGCAGGAAGCUCUGCCGCAUGCUGGACCCUCCUGACGCUCUGGGCAAAGACUGGUGCCUGCUGGCCAUGAACCUCGGCCUCACGGACUUGGUGGCCAAACACAGCAACGGGACUCCGAACGGUGCCCCCGAGCUGGACUCGGACCCGGACUCCCAGCAGGCCGCGCUGCAGCCCAGCCCGACCGCGGCGCUGCUGCAGGCGUGGAGCGGGCGAGCGGACAGCACCGUGGGCGUGCUGAUGGCCAAACUGAGGGAGCUCGGCCGCCGAGACGCCGCCGACUUCCUGCUCAAAGCGUCGCCUGUUUUCAGGGUCAACAUGGAGGCGGUGGUCGGGGCCGCCAACGGCUACCCCCCCACCUGCAACGGUGGCACGUCGUACAACUCCAUCAGCUCCGUCAUAUCCCGCUGAACUGCACGGGGUUCGGCUCUCUGUCCUCGCUUCGUCUCAUGUGACGUUUCCCCUGAAACAGGACAUGCGUGUGAAUGAACAUGAAGUGCAAUCGUCCAGCUGCUCGCUCCUUAAAUCACUCUCGUUAAGUUGGCGUGUGAACCAGAUGUUGUGUUUGUGCUCUCCACACCUGUACAGCCGGCCUUUCCUUCCACUAUGAAUGUUGUGAAAGAGCUGAUUGUCCUGAGCUCCAAAGAGGAACCCUGUGCUUUUAUUCUGUUCUCAAUCUUGUUGUGCUGCUAGUUUAUAUUUCCCUCCUACUUCUGCGGCACACUGAAGUCUCACUCAUCUUACAGCGAAAGGGACAGAAAAGCUACAUCGACUCUACGUGAAGGAAUGAUUAACAAAGAUGGCAGCCUCAUGUUUGGACCUUUUUUUUUAAAUAUCCAAAUGAAAACUGAGGAUUUUCCAUCUUUACUCACUCCGUCCAUCACAGUUACAUAUAAUAUUAUCUCCCUCCUUGCUUCUGUUUUACUGAUGUGACGUUUGGGCCGUUAAAGCUUAGUGUUUGAUAAAUGAACAGCAUUUUUCAGAGUGCCUUUGUGGCCUUCUACCUCCCUAAAGAGCACAAAUAGUCUUAUUGUAAAAAAGUUCUUUCCAAACAUUUCAAGAACUGUGCCUUGUUGACACUUAAUGGGAAAUUAAUUUCAAUCAAGUCUAUAGUCUUAAAAUGGAAAAGGCCAUCGGUGGGAAAAGGUUGAUAAAGAAAGGAAAACGAAGCUCGGCUUACGUUGUAAUUAGAUUUUAGCGGAACAGAACGCUGAGAUCAGAUUUCAGCUGUUUUCUGUUCGGUGUUUGAGUCGCUGCAGGAGAUGAAACAUCUCAUUGGAGUCAGCGUGGAGUCGAUGUGACGUCUGUGGGGGAAAACAACAUCCUUCAUGUUUAAAUGGUGCGUUUGUGGGUUCUUAGAGAUGAUCUUCUUUAAGUAUUAUGUCUUCAUUAAUCCCAAACAACAGAAAUCUCUUCAGUAGGGAUUCAUUUAUGGCGACACUUUAUUUUACGAGUCCCGUAAUUUCCUAAGAGGCUCCUGGAAAGAACUCUGUAAUGUCGUGUGGUGUUAACUAUAGCGAGAAAAUGUCACCAGACAGUUGUUUGUUUGUUUGUUGUUGGAAUUUCCUUGAAAAACCUGCUGAAAAAACCUAAAAGAGAUCAAUUAACAUUUUAAUAAUCAAGUAUCAUCUGGAACGAACCUCUCCCGCUGUUCUCUGACUAAAAGCAUCUUUACCAGGAACUUUAAGUUUGGUAUUAAAGCUGCACUAAUUUAAUAGAAACCUAAAGAUUACCACCAUAGGAGAUUGUUUUAAAAACAGCAAAUAUUCCAUUUUCAAAGUGAGAACCAGUGAUUCUUUUUUUUUUUCUUUUUUGGCAUUUUUGCUUUAGAAAUGACUUCUCGAUUAUCAAAAUGUUCAGCUAGUAAACAAGGAAUCCAUGUAGUAAACAAUUUUUAUACUUUCAAGAAAAUGCAGCUUCAGACGUGAAUCAAACUGCCAGUUAGCAAAAAGUCUUUAUAGAUAUUUACUUCUCAAAAAUGACACACUGACUUUUCUUAUUUACUUAAUAUUGUCACUUUUCCAUUGAAACCCAGCUUGGGAGGAAACACCUCGAGUCUGCAUUUUUCCUAUAAUUAACACUAAAUAAAGAGAUUGUCCUUUCCAGGAACUGUUUUAAGAGUUUACAGUAACAUAUCAGUUCCUUAACUAUAACUAUGGGACCUUUAAAAUACAGUGUAACUAUAAAUGUUUUCAUUUAGAAACCUAUUUACUCAUUUUCAGUUCACACAACGGGACCUUUAGCUAUUUUAGUAAUUCCCCCCCCCAUAGUACAGUGUCUUAUUGAAGGAUGUUGAUCCUUCCAGCACCAAACUGUAUUUACUGUCACACAAAGUUAAGAGGUGUUAGAAAUCAUCAGGGUGGAGCUCGGCACUGAUGCUGCUGAACUUCCUUUACUUUGAAUAGAAAGUGGUAAUUUAUUAUAUUCACACCUGACACUGCUGCAUUUUAAAAUGCAUUUUUUUCUGCAUUAGUGACGUCAACAAUGAAGUUCCCGUCCACAGCGUCGGAUUGUUACACAGCGGCAUCAACGCCGCGUCUGUCCAGCUAAAUUCAAGCUCUCGGUAUCACUGUCGGGGUCAGUCGACCGCGCCUGGCUUCACAUCUCCUUUCACUUUUGUCUUUUUAUAUUUCAUGAAGCUGCAGCUCGACUCGGUCGGCAAAAAAAAGCAAAAGGAAAAGAUGGCAUGAAGUUAGAGUUGUACUCUGAAGAAAGGGGCAAAGCUGGUGUUUUAUAAUGUUAGAGAUCAGGAAAAAAAAUGUUCUUUUUCUUUUUCACGUGUUGUUUGGAAAAAGUGUCUUUCAAUCCUAAAAAGUCACUUCGUGGGCCUUUUUUCAGGACGCAGUGUCACAGUUUGAUAAAAAGAUGAUGUGCCAGAGUGCAGUAUUUCCUGUUCUCGUCUGUCGGCAGAGAUAAAACUUUAAAUGCUAUUUCAAAUACUGUUGUUCUCUUUUUGUCUCCGCCUGAACUUGCCAAUCCACUUGAUGUACAUACUCGAGGCCUGUUUCCUCCACUUCGUCCUCCCUCUUCUGUUCACUCUGUCGGCCCAAAUAUGAUGACUCCAAUGAAAAUGAAUGUACUACACAUCUCUCCUAAGAAUAUAUAAAAAAAAAAAAAAAAAAAUCAAAGAUACGGUGAUAAAACGCUCAACAUGUGUACAAAAACGAUGGAAUUAAAUGUCCCAAACUGGUCAGAAACACAGUUAUUUUAUUUUAUUUUUACAGAAGCUUUUGUUAAUGUUUGCCAAUGCUGUGCGCCUAAAACACACUCGUUCAUUCCUCUUAUUAUUAUUAUUAUUAUUGCCUUGUACAGUAUACGAGCUGAGAAGUGAUGUUUCAGAAAGGGAAGUGAAUAUUAUGUUUUUGUAAAAGCUGGGAAUCACUAUAUUAUUAUCAACUUUGUCUCCGUUUGGUGUCUUUUCUUUUUUUUUCCGGAUGGUUCUGACCAAAAAACAAGUGGAUUUAAAAGUGUCCUCAGAGAACAUGUUUCUGUUUGAUGAAGAAAGACGAACUCUGUAAUCUACAAUGUUUCCCCCUCAGAGACUCCGGUCCCAUCGCCACAUUGCACACGUCUUUUUGUUUUUGUCGCUAUUUAUGUUACGUUCUUUUAGCAUGUCUUGGAAUGCCAUGUCAUUAGUACUUCUGACACUUUAUAGUGUAAUACAUUUUAUAAUAAAUUCUUUACCUAA